AGUGCAGCGUGAGUAGGGAGCCCCGGCUGGUGGACGCCGAGCCUCUGGGCUCCACGGCCGCUUCAUCUCCGAGGUGCAGCUGCACCUCCGCGUGGCGCCCCGAGCUCUGAGAGCUGGCUGCGGACGCGCUGAGGACCGAGCGGCCCCUCAGCGCCCCCCGACCCUCCUACAGUCUCCCUUUCCUUCUCCCUCGGAAAAUGGUUCCCGCUGCCGGGCGAGAUGUGCACAUCUCACGAUUGAUACGAAGGAACUAGCCAUGGGCCAAAGGUCAAAAUACUUCUCUGGGAAUCGUUGCUGCUGAUGCUGUUUUACCAAGUCAUACAAUGAGUGUUUGGUUUGAGAAAGACUUUCAUAUUUAAAGGAUUUUCAUCUUGGAAAUAUAUCAAGUGAAAAUUAGAUUCUUUUGGGAAACAUUUUCCUCCUAAUAAAUUAUACUUGUAAUGGGCGACAUGGCAAACAACUCAGUUGCAUAUAGCGGUGUGAAAAACUCUUUGAAGGAAGCUAAUCAUGAUGGAGACUUUGGAAUUACACUCGCAGAGCUGCGAGCUCUCAUGGAGCUUAGGUCCACAGAUGCAUUACGAAAGAUACAGGAAAGCUAUGGAGACGUCUAUGGAAUUUGCACCAAGUUGAAAACAUCUCCCAAUGAAGGUUUAAGUGGAAACCCUGCAGAUUUAGAAAGAAGAGAAGCAGUGUUUGGAAAGAAUUUUAUACCUCCUAAAAAGCCAAAAACUUUUCUUCAAUUAGUAUGGGAAGCAUUACAAGAUGUCACUUUAAUUAUAUUAGAAAUCGCAGCCAUAGUAUCAUUAGGCCUUUCUUUUUAUCAACCUCCAGAAGGGGAUAAUACACUUUGUGGAGAAGUUUCUGUUGGGGAGGAAGAAGGUGAAGGUGAAACUGGUUGGAUUGAAGGGGCAGCAAUCCUCUUGUCUGUAGUAUGUGUGGUAUUAGUAACAGCUUUCAACGACUGGAGUAAGGAAAAACAGUUUAGAGGUUUGCAGAGUCGAAUUGAACAAGAACAGAAGUUCACCGUCAUCAGGGGUGGUCAGGUCAUUCAGAUACCUGUAGCUGACAUUACUGUUGGAGAUAUUGCUCAAGUGAAAUAUGGUGAUCUUCUUCCAGCUGAUGGCAUACUUAUUCAAGGCAACGAUCUUAAAAUUGAUGAAAGCUCAUUGACUGGUGAAUCUGAUCAUGUUAAGAAGUCUUUAGAUAAGGAUCCCUUACUUCUAUCAGGUACUCAUGUAAUGGAAGGCUCUGGAAGAAUGGUAGUUACGGCUGUAGGUGUAAAUUCUCAGACUGGAAUUAUCUUUACCUUACUUGGAGCUGGAGGUGAAGAGGAAGAGAAGAAAGAUGAAAAGAAAAAGGAAAAGAAGAAUAAGAAACAAGAUGGAGCUAUUGAGAAUCGCAACAAAGCAAAAGCCCAGGAUGGUGCAGCCAUGGAAAUGCAGCCAUUGAAGAGUGAAGAAGGUGGAGACGGUGAUGAAAAAGACAAAAAGAAAGCAAAUUUGCCAAAAAAGGAAAAAUCUGUUUUACAAGGAAAACUUACAAAACUGGCUGUUCAGAUUGGCAAAGCAGGUCUGUUGAUGUCUGCCAUCACAGUUAUCAUUCUAGUAUUAUAUUUUGUAAUUGAUACCUUCUGGGUUCAGAAGAGACCAUGGCUUGCUGAGUGCACACCGAUUUACAUACAAUAUUUUGUGAAGUUCUUCAUUAUUGGAGUUACGGUUUUAGUGGUCGCAGUGCCAGAAGGUCUUCCACUUGCAGUCACUAUCUCACUGGCUUAUUCGGUCAAGAAAAUGAUGAAAGAUAAUAACUUAGUGAGGCAUCUGGAUGCUUGUGAAACCAUGGGAAAUGCUACAGCUAUUUGUUCAGAUAAAACAGGAACAUUGACAAUGAACAGAAUGACAGUUGUUCAAGCUUACAUAAAUGAAAAACAUUAUAAAAAGAUUCCUGAACCAGAAGCUAUUCCACCAAAUACUUUGUCCUAUCUUGUAACAGGAAUUUCUGUGAAUUGUGCUUAUACAUCAAAAAUAUUGCCACCAGAGAAAGAGGGUGGAUUACCUCGUCAUGUUGGUAAUAAAACUGAAUGUGCCUUGUUGGGACUUCUUUUGGAUUUAAAACGGGAUUAUCAGGAUGUUAGAAAUGAAAUACCAGAAGAAGCACUGUACAAAGUCUACACCUUCAAUUCUGUUAGGAAAUCCAUGAGUACUGUCCUGAAAAAUUCAGAUGGAAGUUAUCGAAUAUUCAGCAAGGGUGCAUCUGAGAUAAUUCUGAAAAAGUGUUUCAAAAUCUUGAGUGCUAAUGGUGAGGCAAAAGUAUUCAGACCAAGGGACCGUGAUGAUAUUGUAAAAACUGUGAUUGAACCGAUGGCAUCGGAAGGCUUGAGAACCAUAUGUCUUGCAUUCAGAGAUUUUCCAGCAGGAGAACCAGAACCAGAGUGGGAUAAUGAAAAUGAUAUUGUCACCGGCCUUACAUGCAUUGCUGUUGUGGGGAUUGAAGAUCCUGUGAGACCUGAGGUGCCAGAUGCAAUAAAAAAAUGUCAGAGGGCUGGAAUUACUGUGCGGAUGGUCACUGGUGAUAAUAUUAAUACUGCUCGGGCUAUUGCUACUAAAUGUGGUAUUUUACAUCCUGGGGAAGAUUUUCUGUGCCUAGAAGGUAAAGACUUUAACAGAAGAAUACGAAAUGAAAAGGGAGAGAUUGAGCAAGAGCGGAUAGACAAGAUUUGGCCAAAGCUUCGAGUACUUGCAAGAUCAUCUCCAACUGAUAAACAUACACUGGUUAAAGGUAUAAUUGACAGCACUGUCUCAGAACAACGCCAGGUUGUAGCUGUGACUGGUGAUGGUACAAAUGAUGGCCCAGCUCUAAAGAAAGCAGAUGUUGGAUUUGCAAUGGGUAUUGCUGGAACUGACGUAGCUAAAGAAGCAUCUGAUAUUAUUCUCACAGAUGACAACUUUACAAGCAUUGUUAAAGCAGUUAUGUGGGGACGAAAUGUCUAUGACAGCAUCUCAAAAUUCCUUCAGUUCCAACUUACUGUUAAUGUAGUAGCAGUGAUUGUUGCUUUCACGGGCGCCUGUAUUACUCAAGACUCACCGCUUAAGGCUGUGCAGAUGUUGUGGGUAAACCUCAUAAUGGAUACGCUGGCUUCCCUGGCUCUGGCAACGGAACCACCCACUGAGUCUCUCUUGCUUCGGAAACCUUAUGGUAGAAAUAAGCCUCUCAUUUCACGCACAAUGAUGAAGAAUAUUUUGGGUCAUGCAUUCUAUCAACUCGUAGUAGUCUUUACACUCUUAUUUGCUGGAGAAAAGUUUUUUGAUAUUGAUAGUGGAAGAAAUGCUCCUUUGCAUGCUCCUCCUUCAGAACAUUAUACUAUUGUUUUUAAUACUUUUGUGCUGAUGCAACUUUUCAAUGAAAUAAAUGCCCGGAAAAUUCAUGGUGAAAGAAAUGUGUUUGAAGGAAUCUUUAAUAAUGCCAUCUUCUGCACAAUUGUUUUGGGCACUUUUGUUAUACAGAUAAUAAUUGUGCAAUUUGGUGGAAAACCUUUCAGUUGUUCAGAACUUUCAAUAGAACAAUGGCUAUGGUCAAUAUUCCUAGGAAUGGGAACAUUACUCUGGGGCCAGCUUAUUUCAACAAUUCCAACUAGCCGCUUAAAAUUCUUAAAAGAAGCUGGUCAUGGAACACAAAAGGAGGAAAUACCUGAGGAGGAAUUAGCAGAAGAUGUUGAAGAGAUUGAUCACGCUGAAAGGGAGUUGCGGCGUGGCCAAAUCUUGUGGUUUAGAGGUCUGAACAGAAUCCAGACGCAGAUUCGAGUGGUGAAUGCGUUUCGUAGUUCUUUAUAUGAAGGGUUAGAAAAACCGGAAUCAAGAAGUUCGAUUCACAACUUUAUGACACAUCCUGAGUUUAGGAUAGAAGAUUCAGAGCCUCAUAUCCCCCUUAUUGAUGACACUGAUGCUGAAGAUGAUGCUCCUACAAAACGUAACUCCAGUCCUCCACCCUCUCCCAACAAAAAUAACAAUGCUGUUGACAGUGGAAUUCACCUUACAAUAGAAAUGAACAAGUCUGCUACCUCUUCAUCCCCAGGAAGCCCACUACAUAGUUUGGAAACAUCACUCUGAUUGUAAGCUGAAUGUUAACACACUAGCUGCAUUGUAAAGAAACAAAUUGAAACUGGGUCUUUUCACAUAUUGUGACGGACAAGAUAGUAUUCUUGUCUUUGGACUUCAACAGAAGACACACUUGUACGAAUGUAGAUUUAUUUUUUUAAAAAAAAAAAGCAAAGCUUUCUGCCAGACUGAGGGUGCUUUUUGGGGGGUGGGAGAAAUGAACUGACAGAUAAACAGUAACUCAGCGUAAGUGACCCGUGGAUCAUCAGUAGUACCCAAGAAUGGUCCUGAACAGUGUAUUAGCAGAGCUUUAGUUUAUCUCAGUCCUUGAUGGGAGAGAGGGAGGAGUAAAGUUGGGCAAGACAAAGAGCCCUGGAUCAUUGAAUUGAUACUUUAAUUUCUGCUGUUGGCUGUUAAUAAUUUGGAUUAUUUAUGUUUAUAAAUGAUACAGAUCUGUUUACAAGGUUUGUAGAUACUUUUUUUGUUCCUGUUCAUAGAUGGGAAGCUUCCUUAUAACUGAUGCAGAGAAAAAUUAGUCCUUCAAAUACUGCUGUAUUUUCAGGAAAAAAAAAGGGGUGUUUCUAUUGAAACUGUACUAAAUUUUUGCCUACAAUUUACCUUGUUAAAUAUUGUAGAUAAAUUGCUAAUACUAAUAGCCAAAUAGAUAACACUAAUGCUUUGUUUAAAAAAACAAAAAAAAAAACAAAACGAAACAAAAAAACAUGAGCAGUGGUGUUCUAAUGAAGUUAUGGCAUCUGUCCUAAUUAGUUUCUUAAAUACAUUUACUACUUAAUGGUUUUGAAACAACUGUUUAAUUUUUAAAAUUUUUGAAAACUUGCUAAUAACAUUUUGUUCAGAAUUUAGUAGAUUGUUUAAUGCAGGACAUCAACUACAUAAUGAAAGAUGCUUGAAAUGCUUUUGUUAUUUCAGGCAAAUCAAAUUAAAUCAAACUAUCAAACUACAAGAGAACCUUAGUCCUUUUUGUUCUUGUCUAAACAUGUUAGUUCAGUGAUGUCUUGGUGAACUGUGAGUGAACUGUAUUGAUUUUUCUGAUAAAUCCUUAGAGACCUUCAUACAGCAUGAGGGCUGUUGGCAUUUUGAAAAAGGUUAAUAAGUAGAAGCAUACAUGUUUUCCUUUUGUUUUUGAAACUUGUUUGUAAACAUAAAUAAAUAUGCCCUUUUAUAAAAUAAAUUCAUGGCAAUGUUUUCUUAAAA